CGGUUGCUAGUGUUGAUCGAAAGUAAACAGAGCAACUGGCAUUUGACGAGAAUCACGUGAAGUCUUAUUGUUUGGGGAAAUUCGGUAAUCAUACUUUACUUAUUGGGGCAGAAUAGGUCUAACUGACCACUACUGAUGACAGGGAAAGUUACAGCCACCCGCAGUUGAUAAUCUUGACCAUGGCAGGGUCAGUCUUGACCGCCCUGUGCUACUCCUUCAUGUGGAGUACAAUGUACUUUACACUCUGUCUCAUCAACUCAAAGAAAAGCUACGAGUGGCACUGCCGCACCGUGACAGCAGUUCACGCUAUGGUGGUCACGCUACUUAGUGCUUGGUGCGGGUUUGUUCAGGGCCCCUGGCCAUUCACACAUGCAGGUGGGCCUAGUACACCUUUACAGCUCGUUACUACGGAGAUCUGUUUGGGUUACUUCCUGUUUGACUUCACCUGGUGUUUGUAUUUCCGCUCUGAGGGUCCAGUGAUGCUGAUUCAUCAUGUGGUCAGUAUUUUUGGGCUGACCUUCUCGGCCGUUACUGGACACUAUGGAACUGAAAUGAUAGCCGCCAUAUUUGGAAGCGAGGCGACCAACCCGCUGUUACAGAUGCGAUGGUUUCUGAAGGAAUCGGGGAAAUAUAACACCUUAUUAGGGGAAAUCGUAGACCAUGCUUUUGUGUUAUUGUUUGGUUUCCUACGAAUUGGAGUAGGAUCGUUGCUAUUGUACACCUACUUCCAGCAGGAUACUGACAUCCUCGGACGUAUUUCUGGUGUUGUUCUCUAUGCUAUUAGCUGGAUGUUUUGGGUCAGUAUUGUACAGUAUGCUAUUCACAAGUACCAGAAAAAGUUCAAAAAAUGGGCUGAACUUGCAGAUGCCAAAAAAAGGGAAACAAGUAGUUCAAAUUCACUGAAAGUGAAUGGACACAAUGAGACCACCAAUGGUAGCCUUCAUAACAAUCCAGCCAAUGGUGGCCUUUCUUUCAAGCCAGUAUCACAGACUUUGUCUAAUGGCGAUUUAGGUUUCAUUACUACAAACCAGGGUCAUUCAUCAAAGUUGGUCAGUAAUGGUGGAACAACUAUUGAGGAAAAUGGAAACAUCAAGAAGUGUGAUCAGCCACAGUUGAAUGGAGAUCUACACAGAAGAAAGCCUGCCAACCAAGAAUAGCCUUAAUUCCAAUAUGUGAUGAUGUGUCAUUGUUUAAUUGUCAUGUGGAAGUUUGCUCACCUUGGUUUGAUAAUGUGUAAUAUGGUUGUGUUUAGCACAGAGUUAAGUCCAUUGAGUACAAAAUGAUAUCAAGUUUUUUUUCGAUUCUCCAUUUUUUUACGAGAGUAUUUUGUAUGAGAGUAUUUCCAUGUUUAGUCUUUAAGGAUUCUUUUAGAUUUCACUCAUGUUUAUUUAUGACUUAAAAUUUCAGCUCAUGUGUGUUAAGUGUAAUUCAGAAUCAAAAUCAUUGUUUGUCUACAGGAAAAAAUUAAGUCAUCAAAUUCAUUGUAGAGUAUGGUAGAGGAGUUGAAUUAUUUGUAAGUCAAAUUUUAAUUAGAUCAGGCUUCUUGCUUGAUUCAGGUAGCAGCAUUUAUUCCAACAGAGCAAAAUAACAGUUAAUUUUUACUGAUGGUUAGCUUUAUAAUGCCCAUAAAGAACAAAUUGAUAUGGUUUCCACAUAUUUUUAUAUCUCUGUUGGUAUCAGACAGUAAUCCUGUAUUUCUAUAUCACUAUUAGACAGUUUACAUGUAACUUAAUGAUGAUGUAAGUUAUUUUUUUAAUUCUGUUUAUUACUGCGGUUUUUUCCCAACGAACAUAGGGAUUUUUUGAUAUUUAAAAAAACAUCAUCUUAGAAGUGAAAAAAAAUUAAAAGCUAUAUAUAGCUACCGGAUAAUCAAUUGAUGUAUUUCCUGUUUUAGAUAUUUUCACUGGUUCAGUGUAAAGAUGAACAUAAAAUCAUUGAUUAUUAAUGUAAAUGUGUUAUUUAUUAUUCAUAAUGUUGUCAUAUCAUUGAUUUAUACCCAAUACUUAGUAUUAAAGUUUUAAGAAAAAUAUGUGUACUCAAAUAUGGGUUAUUACCAAUCUAUUUAAUCAUGGUAUUUAUUGAUGGAUUUGGCAUUGGAAUAUAUGUGACGAGUUAAUUUCUCAAUUUCGAUAUGUAAACUACACAUGUGGAGCUAUUUCUGCAAUUUUUUGUUUUUCACCUCUGUCAUGUUCAGUGGUUGGCUGAUCGUGAUUAUCGAAAAUUAGUAAAACAAACAAAAAACAAAAAACACAUAAAACCGAUCAUCUAUGACAAUUUUGAAAAGACAUUUUCCAGAAGUGUUUGUAAAUCUUCAGCUUCACAUGUUUUUGAAAUGUUACUGAACCAAGAAAAAGUUUACCUUAUAUUUUACCGGUAUGUUCAUUGGUUGUUUACAAGCAAUACAGAGAUUUAAAUAUAUUACCAAUUGUUGAAUGCUUUGUUUGUGUUCAGUGUUUAAAAUAAUGAUAACAAAGUCUAAGACAUGUAGUAACUAUACCAUACUUGAGAUAUACAUAUAUUUUCAACAAAAUGGGAAUUCUGUAGAAAACAGAUUCUAUUGAUUUUUGAUCGAUUUCAAGUUUCAGAUUAUCAAUUCUGAAAGUGAAACCGAUUCCCAUCACUUGUCCUGUUCCAUAAAUACCACAUACAUCGUGAAAUAAUUCCACUUCUUUUACCUAUAUCAUGCAAAUGUAUAUUAUUUCUUGUCAUAUUAAUUCAAACUCUGUGUAAACUGAAACUCUUAAUGAUAUGAAAAAUAAUAAAUCCAAUCUUAAUAGAUAUAUUUUUCAUCGUCUUUAAUGCCAAAAUUAUUUUUGUAUAAGAUUUUUUUUCUGUUGGAAAUCGAUAUGCUGGUAUUUUUUUUCCCCAAAAAUUAUUUGAAAGUAUAACUGGACAGUUAUUUCAUUUGAAUUUUCUGUAUCUAGUAUACUAGUAUAUAUCAGUAUUUUUCAUCAGGAGAGAUCUAGUCACCUUUUAGUUUUAUAGAAAGUGAAGAUCAGUAAACUAUUUAAUUUUUUUUAUUUAACUUGAUAUAUAUUUAUAUAGUAGGAUUAGUUUAUUACCUUGCUGGGUUUAUUAGGAUUAGUUUAUUACCUUGCUGGGUUUAUUAGGAUUAGUUUAUUACCUUGCUGGGUUUAUACCCCCAUGAAGAACCAGAGUUACAUGUGUUUUGAAGUGGUGUCUCUUUGUAGUAGUAGUUAGUGACUACCUCACUGAACAGCAGAGUGGAAGCACACUGCCAGGUCUCCAGCCCAGUAGAUCUAGCUUAAGAUGGUCUUUUCAGGGACAAUGUAUCCAUGAUACUAGUAUUACUACAAUCAACGGUCUGUCAUGUUACAUGAUAACUUGCACCAAGUAGGAGUAAAACCACACACCUCAGAUUUCACCCUAGCUCCAUUAGUCUGAUGAUUGAGUCAUUAUGGAGAUAGAUUGUGAUAAGUUUAGGUAUAGUGAGUUAAUAGAUAAAAUUUAUGAUAAGUUUAGGUAUAGUGAGUUUAUAUAGAAUGAUAAUUUUUUAUUAUUAUUAAUGAGUCACCUGUCUGUACUUGGUGCAGCUAAUUUUGAUUGGCUCGUGUAAAAAGUUUGCUCCCUAUUUUGACAUUUCAUUCAGAUGACACUUUAGAUUUUUACCCUGAUUUGAUGACAGUGCCUUUAUCCUUAUACUCGGAUGUCAGAUAAUGCUUUUCUACGUGUGGUUAUAUAUAUACACAAUGUGUAUGAGUUCAGUACUCUGAAGGGUUCCAAGUAUCAAACUGUGAUUUAUGUCAAAUUAUCUAUCACUAUGCAGUGGAGAGACCGAUAAAAACUCUAUAUAGGGUUGUGGUACUUUUAUCUCAAUAUUCCAAGAGUAAUAUUUUUUAUGCUCCCUUUCCCUCUCUGCACCCAUGGGACAUGUCAUAAAAAAUCAACAGUGCACAAAAAAAUGCAACCAGCUAUUUCAUUGGUGCCUGGAAAAAAAUCCUGACCAAUCAGUAAAGCUGAAGCAUUUGUUUUAAAGAUUACAGAGAAGUGCUAACCAAAUUAAAAGCCAGUCGACAGUUUAAUGGCCCCAGUCACCCCAGCAUUUGUUUGAUACACAUCAGAGCAUCAAACUAGUUUUUUUUGUUUGAUCAACAACAUGGCAGUCACCAAAUCUUUGAUUUUGUUAUGAUAUACUCAAGGGGUGCAGAGAGCAGGAAAACUGAAUGCUGGAAUAUUUAGGAUAAGGAUAUUGAUGACUUUUGCUAUUAAACUUGUGAUUAUGAUAA